AUUAUUAAUAAAACGAAGUGUCUACUCUUAAGUAAGAUAUUUUUUAAACUAUAUUCUAUUUAUAUCGAAAAAUUCAAUGUACUGAUUGUAAAAAUGACUACAAUAAAAACAAGAUAUUUAGUUAUUGGUGGUGGCAUAGCCGGAGUUACUUGUGUGGAAACCUUAGCAAUUUUGCACCCUGAAGAAAAACUUGUAAUAAUCACUGCUUCUUCACUAGUCAAAAAUGUGAGCAAUGUAAGCUUCUACGCCAAGACGGUAGUAAAGUUUGAUGUUAGUGAUACUGAAGCCAGCUCCUUGUUAAAAAUACAUCCAAAUUUAAAAAUUGUAUAUGACUCAUUGAAGCACUUAGACACAAAAAAUAAAAUAGCAAUUACCGAAGAGAAUGUUUCAGUUGAGUAUGACGUUGUAUGCAUAUGUACUGGUGGGAUACCAAGGUUAAUUUCAGACUCAAAUAAGUAUAAUAGAAUACUUGGUAUAAGAGACACCGACUCCGUAAAGGAUUUCCAAGAAAAGCUUAAAGAUGGACGUCGAAUGGUCAUAGUUGGUAAUGGAGGUAUUGCCUCAGAAAUUGUUCAUGCUACAAGAGGUAUACAGAAAGUGUGGGUGAUAAGAGAUGAUUACAUAUCUGCCACAUUUGUUGAUCCUGGAGCUGCUCAAUUUUUUCAAGAUUCAUUUAAAAAUAAAUUGGAUAAAAAGGAAAAUACAAUCUUAAGGAGGCAUGUUUUUACUGAAGAGGAUACAGUUGUUUCUAUUAAUAAAGAUUUGAAGUCAGCUGCAUUAGGGCCUGACUGGUAUAAGAAAUUAGAAAACGUAAGGAAUGAAAGUGGAGAGCAGGAACUUGAAAUUAUUUAUAAAGUUGAAAUUGAAUCAGUGGAAGAGGUUACUGACCAGGAAUAUACUUUAAAUGUAAAAUUAACAAAUGGAAGAACAGUACAAUGUGAUUUUGUCAUAUCAGCUACUGGUGUGGAGCCUGCUGUAAAUUUCUCUUGGGAUGAAACACCGAAAAGAGGCCCAGAUGGUGGUUUAGCUGUAAAUGAAUUUCAGGAAACUUCAAUCAGAGAUGUGUAUGCCGCUGGAGAUGUAGCUUGUGCUACCUGGGAAUAUUCUCCACAUUGGUUUCAGCUAAGGUUGUGGACUCAAGCACGUCAGAUGGCCGGAAUGGCUGCUAAAGCUAUGCAUGCUAGAAUUACAAAUGAGGAAGUUUUACAAGAUUUCUGUUUUGAACUAUUUACUCAUUGUACAACUCUUUUUGGAUUUCGGGUUGUAUUAUUAGGCAAAUACAAUGGUCAAGGCUUAGGCAAUGACUAUGAAAUCCUACUGAGGACUACUCCUGGGCAAGAAUAUAUAAAAUUUGUACUUCAGAAUGAAAGGUUGCAGGGAGCAAUAUUGAUUGGUGAAACUGAUCUAGAAGAAAUGUGUGAAAACUUAAUUUUAGAUCAAAUUGAUCUUUCUCCUUUUGGUGAUGAUAUACUUAAUCCGGACAUUGAUAUAGAUGAUUAUUUUGAUUAAAUUAUCAUGAGAUAAAAA